AGAGAGAGAGAGAGAGAGAGAGAGCGAGGGGCACAUCUGUGGCAGCUGCAGUCUUUCUUCUGUAGCCACACCCACAGGCGCAUUUCUCGACACUGCGCUCCUCUACCUGUCGAAGGGAGCCAAAUCUGUGGGUUAAAGGGCUAAACGACGUGAAAGCAGAUUGUCUUUAUACUAAUAAUGGACUAAUGCUUCUUUCGGUUUGAAGAUAAACUACUUACUCCCAGCAAGAGAGGACUUCCACAGAAGACGUGUUUGACUGCCAGUCAAGGCCAUGGACUGGAAGACCUUCCAAGCCCUCCUCAGUGGGGUCAACAAAUACUCCACAGCGUUCGGGCGGAUAUGGCUGUCUGUGGUGUUUGUGUUCAGGGUGAUGGUGUACGUGGUGGCAGCGGAGCGAGUGUGGGGCGACGAGCAGAAGGACUUUGACUGCAACACCAAGCAGCCCGGCUGCGCCAACGUCUGCUACGACCACUUCUUCCCCAUCUCCCACAUCCGUCUGUGGGCUCUGCAGCUCAUCUUCGUCACCUGCCCGUCCUUCAUGGUGGUCAUGCACGUGGCGUACCGUGACGACCGCGAGCGCAGGUACCGGGCGAAGCAUGGAGACAGCAACUGUAAGCUGUACAACAAUGUUGGCAAGAAGCACGGCGGCUUGUGGUGGACCUAUCUGAUCAGCCUCUUCGUGAAGACGGGCAUCGAGUUCUCUUUCCUCUACAUCCUCCACUACAUCUACGACAGUUUCUACCUGCCCCGGUUGGUCAAGUGCAACGUGGCGCCCUGCCCCAACCUGGUGGACUGCUACAUCGGCCACCCCACUGAGAAGAAGGUCUUCACCUACUUCAUGGUUGGAGCUUCAUGCCUCUGCAUCAUCCUGAACAUCUGCGAGAUCAUUUAUCUCAUCUCCAAGCGCUUUGUACGUAUCGCAAAGAAGAUCAAUAGAGGCCAUCGCAACAUGAACGUGCAUCAGAACGACUACAACAAGGACCCCUUUAACAACAACAAGGAGACCAUGCUGAGGCGGGACCUGAAAGAUCAGCCUCCCUCCUUUAGGAGUGCUUUCAAGUCUUCACACAGGGUAUCUGGACUCAAAAUGGAAGAGAAGAUACGGGCCUCUGCUCCUAAUCUGUCUGUUUCUUAGUGAAUGGAAGCCAGGCUGCAGCACUUGGCAGUGCUUGGGCUGGAACCCAAUGACAAACCUCAGAAAACAGACUCAGAACUAUGAGCCAAACACUUCCAUGUGUGUCAGACCUUGGAAGUUGAGUCACCAGCACUGGAUUCAUCCUGAGGGCCCUUGUGUCCACAUCUAAGACUCUUUUUGAGCGCAUGAACUUUGGUUUCCAAGUCAACCUCUACAAUAUGUUCAAGUCAGCUAGAGCCAAAAUGAUUUGUAAAUGAUAUGUUGGUUUUCUUCUUUGAAUACAAUACAGGUCUGUGUACCUUUUUCGACUUCACCCCUUCACCCAUAGUAGAACACGCCCGUGAGGUUUCUGUCUUUCUUGUGAUUCAAGUUUUGACAUGAGAGGGGUAGGAAAUGAUCAGCAUCACACAAGGACGGCAGGACACACCUGCCCGAGGUAUUCACCCUCCCCGCCAGUGUGUACAGUGGUGUGUCAGGGUGCUCUGCUGCCUGCAGAUUUCAGUGACCUCUUUUGUUUAACUGAACUUAUAACAUAGCUUUAUCUUCUCCGUUUGCCGGCCCGAUGACCGAAGACUGGUCAAAAGAAUUAGGUCAUAGAGUACCGGAUGAGUAAUACUUGAAGCUGUGCAUUAGUUUUUUGUACUGCAUUUAUUUUCUCAGAUUUUGAUCAAAACUCGUAUAUCAUUAGUAGAUCUCUACAUCUGAAGCCUCAGACAUAUGCUUGGUUAUUACGGCACAGUCCUGCUGUACCUAGACCGCCUGUGUUUUGACUUGCUUGUACACAAACUAGCCUCAUCCAAGACCACUGUUGAUUUAAAUAAGGCAAAAGGAAUGCUGCUGUUGAAUUGUGUGUGUGUGUGUGUGUGUGUGUGUGUAGAGCUGGAGUGCAGAGGCGGGAGGAAGGUUGAACAAACAGAUGGCUCAUUGAACUAUAACAAAUUUUUGUGAUCUCAACUGUGGACAUCAGGUGGAAAUGUAUUGUGUGCACUCGUUGUUAAUGUCCUUUCUUACUAAACUAAGUAUAUUAAAUUUAUUGAAUGCG